UGACUCAAGAAGGCCUUUUUCCUUUAGUCGAGACUCAAGGCUAGUUAAGGAUUCUCCGCAUUGUGAAUGAAAGUGAAACAUGUUAGAGAUCAUUAAUCAUUAGUCUGGCUAGUGGCUAGGGUGAAUCAUACCUAAGUGAGUUCCCAACUUGUAAUUAAAUUAACUUUACCUAUAGUUUGCUAGAGUAGUUUUAGUUGUUCUAUCUUAAUAUGGUUUGCUAGAUAAUGAACUGAAGCUAAGUAAUAGUAACUCUAGAGACCCGUGGAUUCGAUAUUUAUUACUUGAUCCACUAUACUGCAGUCCUUUCAUUGGUUACACUUGGCCUUUGUUAGGAGUUGUGUCAUAGCGAGUCAAGGCGCCUGCUUCUCUCGAUUGACGAGCUCAUCUACCACGAGCUCUGCAUGGAUUCUACUCCACGUUUGCCCAUGCAGUCAUGUCCUGCAAGAUGAGCCGGGCAUAUGCGUAGUUCAUGCUGGAAGGUCAGCCUCGAGUGCUGACCUAUGAUGCAUUUGCCCAGGCCAUGGGGCUCGACCCAACGUACAUGACGAUGACGGAGCGGCAGUACACAUCCGACUUCCACUAUCAGGCCGCAUUCAGGGCCCUCAGUCGUCCAGAGCACGAGGAAUUUAAGGCGAGCCGCACCAAUGCGGUGCAGUUACGGACCCCUUGGAGGAUCCUGCAUACCCUGCUCACUCGCUCUAUCGUCCCUACCCUGUAGUCGGGACACCUGCUCACAAAUAGGGGGGCUGCUAGCUCUCUUCUCCAUGAGGCAUCCAACAGAGCCGAUCCACCUGGGAUCACUAAUUGCCACCUCUUUCGCUUGAUGUCUGGGGCGGAAAAGGGUGGACACCAUGCACAUGGGGGCAUCAUCACAAGGCUGGCCUGCCAGUUUUAGGUGGAUCUGGAGCGAUGCUCCAUCGUGGAACGCACAGACCAUUCCUGGUGUCGACUCUCUACAACCAGAAGCUAGUGCUUUAGGGAGAGCAGGGAGUGGAGUACCUUGAGGGGCUCCAACCCUUAGGAGUCAUGAGACCAGAGGUUUACCCGGCUCCAGUGGAGCCAGAUGCAGAGGUACCACCUCCAUCGCCCAGUACCACCACCACCAGCUGGUAUUCCCCUCGUCUAGAGGAUGGAUUACCCCGAGACCCAUGUCAUGGGAGUGACUUCCCAACUCGACCGACAGACCGACCUCCUUGAGUAGAUGGCUCGACCCCAGAGCCUCAUUCCAGAUGAUGAGUCGAGGCCUUCGGCCUAGUGAGACUGUGAGAGGUAGCUGGCGGGGGAGAUAUGUGGAAAAGCUGAUUUCUUUCGCCCCACUACUCCACUUGGAACUAUGAACUCUUUUGUUUUAUUUUUCUUUCUUUAAUUUGGUGUGUGUGAUCAUAAACUACAACUAUCGUAUUGUGAUGUGUAUAACCUCGCCUCGAGCGAGUCGUAUUGUGUUUGUGUAUGUGUAUAUGUGUGUUUUGUCUUCUCCUUGAAGCUUAAAUCUCCUACCUGGGGACCAAUUCUAACUUUCACUCACCAAGUAAAGCGGUAACACUCGAUCUACCCCUAUCUUACGCCAUUGAGGCCAAUGUCGAACUUAAGUGUGUGUGUGGGUGGGGGUGGGGGGUAGUUAAUUCUUAUGCUUGUAUGAGUGUGAUUGAUGCUUGGAACCUUGAUGUAUGCCCAAAUUUGAAAAAUUUCGAGGGCUCCAAGCAAUGUUUGCAUGAUCAAAGUAGCCGGUUUGUAGGAGAAUCUCAUGUUUAUUGGCAUUGACCCUGAAUUAUUGCAUGUGAUCGAGUGUGUCCAAUGAUGAUGACUCAAAGGUGAAAUAUGAUAGUGCAAAAUUUUAGUUCUCAUGUGUGCAAAAGUGAAUGGAUGUCUUGACUCGGUUACUUGUUUAUUACAAUUGCCAUGCAUUGUGUUUUGUGAAAGUGGAAUGAAUGAUUGGGUGACUAGGUACCCAUGUGAGUUUUGAGUCAAUCGUUUUAUUCUUGUGUGCUUAAAUCCAUCUUACCAUGGCGAGUAACAUCAAGGUUGUCAUUAGUGAUUAUGAUGGAGGCAUAGGAUUAGUCCACACCCAAAUUUUGAUUCUCCCGAAAUGUUUUAUCCCCUAGUCAACCCCUUUGAGACUUGUGACUUUGAGGGUCGUUCUCAUGAUUAGGAGCUUUGUGCUUGUGAGUUUAAUGGUUCUUGAUAGAAUGACCCCCCAUCCUUUCUUUGUGUCUAUACGUGUGUUGUCCUUGUGUCCCGAAGCUCUAGCUUUUGAGUUCCAUUGAGGUUCUACAUAGGAGGAUUGUGCGCGGUUCUUGCUAGGAAUGAAAGAGAAAAGAGUAGUGUUGGAGUGAGUUCUUAAAGGAGAAGGUACCCCCCCCCCCCCUCCUCAAAAAGAACAGAAAAAGAGAAAAGGAAAGUAGAAAGAAAGAAAAAGAAAAGAGAAACAAAAAAGAGCUAAUAAAACGGGGUCAAUAAA